CCCAAACUUUAAGAUAGCCAUUAGACUCCUCGAACUCUCCGAGAAAGAACGAUAACUCCAAAUGAUGGGCUCAUUCCGGAAACAAUCGCAGCUCUCAAGAACUAAACAAGAUAGGGGAUGGUUGGGCCGGAGCUUUCAGCCGGAAAACUUCCUUCCGGGACUUGUAAUCGGUUUCAUUUUUGGUAUGUUGUUGGAUUUAUCAAAACCGAUCAAAAGGACUUCUAAUACAAUGAGAAAGGGCAGUGGAUUUUCAUCAAAUUCAAGCAAUCCUGAUGAAAAUCUCAAAAUGGUUCUUGUUGUUAGACAAGAUUUGAAGAUGGGACAAGGAAAAAUUGCUUCUCAAUGUGCUCAUGCUGCCACUGGUUUAUAUUCUAAACUAAUGCAGAGUCAUCGGAAUCUUUUGCAUCGAUGGGAGUCAAGUGGGCAGGCAAAAAUAGUCGUCACAUGUAAAAAUCAACAAGAAAUGAAUAAGCUGCAGGAAAUAGCCGAGGGAACCGGCCUUCCAACUUAUGUUGUAGCUGAUGCAGGACGCACACAGGUUUUGGCAGGGUCAAAAACGGUUCUUGCCAUUGGUCCUGGGUACAAUUCUAUUGUUGAUUCAGUAACAGGGAAGCAGCGUCUCCUUUGAUGUCAAAGAUCAUGUUGCUGUUCAUAAUUCAAUUGUUUUGUAGCAUUUUUCAACUAUUUGGGUUUAAAGGAUUCAUUAAUGUUUAUAGAGCCUUAUCACAUGGUGUUCAAAGAUGCUAUUUAUGAAUAAGAAGAGCUUGUUAGUCAAAUCCCUAAAUGUAGCUUUUUUAUGCCCUAGAUUUUAUUUAUGAAGCUAAAUAGUAGCUUCUAUGAUGUGGGUAUGUCUUUUACUUCUUUG